AAGAGCCUCGUCUCCACAUCACACAACAGUAGCACACGAUGAAGACACUGGUUGUGCUAGCCGCCCUAACGGCGGUCGCCCUGGCCGGGCCCACGUAUCGGGACGGCGACGCAGACCUCGACAUCACAAAAGAAAAGCGGUCGCCGACUUUCGGAUCCCUUCAACAUCACCUGCCGAUUCAUCAUCACCAACCCUACGUGCAGCCAAUCAUACCGCACCACCUGGGACUGAAGAAACCUUUGAUCGUAUCGCAUCCUUAUGGACACCAUUACGGCCAUAUCUUCCGUUCUGAAGAGGACCAAUUGGAAAUGCACUCGUCUGAAGCCAAGGAAUCGAAGAAAACUUGCAUGAAGGAGAUGGAGGCUAAGUGCAACGAUGAAAUCUCUGCAAGAUCAAGUGAAGUUGAGGAAGCCACUAAGGUCGAAGAUAUCGAUGGAAGCGUAUCUGAUAGCGAAGUUGCUCAAAGCUUAAAGAUGGCAAAGGAAGCUGUUGAUACAUUACAAAAAAAGCUGCAGUUAGCUGAGAAGAACCCCAGAAUGACGCAAUGGAAACAUGGAGAGUCGGAGGCCGAUGAUAACAUGCACGAGAACAUUGAAACUGCAAAACUAGCUCUGGAGCAUAUGCAGCGCAAUUUCGGCAACUUGGAAUCUAUGAAUGUACACGCCAGAGCAUUUAAGAAUUCUGAAGUCCAUGAUGCAAAUUUGAAGAUUGAACCAGCAUUCAAGAGCUCCAAGGACCUGAAGACGGAUGAGGAACGAUUAGCUCAAUGGAAAGAUGCCAUUGAAACUAUUCAGAAAAACGUGGAAUUAGUCAGAGAUAUUGAAGAUAGUUUUCAGAACAAAGCUCUUUCGGAGAAAUCUGCUACUCUUGAAAAAAGCUCCAGUCUCCAACAUCAGAUAAGCGACGAUUUGAAGGAGGGCGCCAUCGAACUGAAGAAAGAGAAGAGUUCUGAUAGCCAGAUUUCAGAUAUGAAGACGGUUCAGGAUUUGGAAAAAAAAUCGCAUGAUAUUAAAUUUAUUUCGCAAGUACGUGAGAAUGAAAAAUCGCAAGCAGAGGAUAUGAAAAUGGCGCAGAAUAUGGAGAAAAAAUCAACUGCUGAAAAAUCUAGCUGGCAGGCACGCAAGCACGAGAAGUCUUUGGAUUCCAAGAACGAAAUGGAAACUUCUGCAUCUACACUGAGCGAGUCAAAGACAACUUUACACCAUACGAAUGAUCAAGUUUUUAGAAGCGAAAGUUCUCAAUCCGAAAAGAAUACUCAUUUACUAUCUGUCCCAACUGAAAAAUCAAUGGAUAUCAAGUCAUCUAUUUCUCAGACAAGCCAACUGAAAUCAAACGAAGAGGGUGAUAUGAAACAAGCUAAGCAAGCGCACAUUGAAAUCGAAAUGGAUUCUCCUCUAGUUGAUACUACAACAUUCAUGAAGUCUGCUGAGCAUAACAAAGCUGAACAGCAUAAACAAAUUGAACAAUUUAGUUCAAAUGGACAUUCUUUACACAAAGAACAUGAAAUGAAUACUCAUGAUCACCAGAGAAUGGCAGCGGAACGUCACCAAUCUGGACACUCGUCUCAUAUGGGUCACUCACAGCAAGGCGAACACUUAUCACAAAUGGGUCAGAGUACGAUGUCACAACAAGGCGGCCACUCGUCUCUUAUGGGUCACUCACAACAAGGCGAACACUCAUCACAAAUGGGUCAGAGUACGAUGUCACAACAAGGCGGCCACUCGUCUCUUAUGGGUCACUCACAACAAGCUGGCCACUCCUCUCAUAUGGGUCACUCACAGCAAGGCGAACACUCAUCACAAAUGGGUCAGAGUACGAUGUCACAACAAGGCGGCCACUCCUCUCUUAUGGGCCACUCACAGCAAGGCGAACACUCAUCACAAAGGGGUCAGAGUAUGAUGACGCAGCAUGGUCAUCAGAAGUUUUCGAACUCCGCCAUGCAUCCUAAAGAAGCUCAAGAAAUCAGCUUAGACCAAUCUAAAGAGAGACUUUUGGAUCAACAUAAAUCUUUAAUCUCCACCAUGAACGGCAAAGAGGCACACGAGAUGACAAUGAAAUCAUCUGAUCAACUAACUGGCCAGAGUCAACUGUCUGGCGUGAUCGCUAAACCCGCCGAGUUUGCUGCCUCCGGUCAUCAUUCAGAGAAGUUACAUUCCUCAUUAUCUCACGGCGCUCACGGCAAGUCGGCUGAAGAUGCGGCCUUGUUUGCUCCGAUCGGGAUGAACUCUGACUUUAAAGAAGCUUUAGUUCCGAAGGCAUGGAAGGAAGGGCAGGCUAGAGGAGCUUACGGGUCCGGCAUAGCAGGUUUGAGCGGCUACGGUUCUGGGUAUGGAUCUGGAUCAGGUGCGGUGGGCGUGUUCCCGAGCGCACGCGUCGGUGGCUGCGCUAUCCCGCUGCUACUAAGCUGCUCUCCAAACGUCGUGGCCGGCCACCUGGCCAAGGGCCAUUCAUACGGCGCCGCGGCUGGCUACGGCGCUUCGGCGUACAGGAGUGACAACCUCAAUUCACACUCCAAACGCGACAUCACAAAGAUCAGCCGUCCGACCAAAAUCAACCGGACACCCACCAACAGGGAUUUGCAGCAAAAACUAUUCUCAUUUCCGAUAAGCUUUAAAAAUGGAAAAGAACGACUCGAGCCGCUAUUAUGAAACUAACUGUGUAAUUGUAUUAUUUAUUUUUUAGGAAUAAUAAUUAAUUAUUUAUUAACUUAUUUAUUUUUUGUAUGAAACAAUUAUAACAAAGCAAUCACAAAUAGAUAAUAAACUAUUUACAAAAAUGUUA